AUGAAUAGACGCAGAGGUACUUCAAGUCGUUGCAGAAAGAUAAAAUUGGUGAACUAUAGGAUACACGAUAAUAUUAUUAAUGAAGAUGACAGUAGUAUAUUGAACUUGAAGAACAAAAUGAAAUUAAAGAAAAUUUCACAUAUCUUUCGCGAAGUUCUUUCCCCAUUGAUGGCAUAUCAGACCUCAAAGAAGUCAACUCAGAACCUGAUAAUUUUAUUACACCGGCUCCAUUAA